AUGGAUGUGUCAGGAGUGCUCGAGGCCCACAAGCAAAAGUUCAAGUCCGUGUCAGUAGAGGGAAAGGUCAUCCCUCUCGAGUUUGAUCUCGGUCUUCUCACCGCCUACGACCAGAACCCUAUCGACGAAGCAGAGCUCAGGAAGAACAAGGAUGAAUACCUUCAGUCGCUCUCCAGAGACAACGCCCAGCUCCUUUUCAACGAGAUCUUCCAGCUUCCAACGAUAUCCGACGACAACGGUGUGAUGGCCAUGCUCCCUGUCCCUACAACCCUUCUCCCCCGUGAGAAGCCUCUGCCCAAGCCCAAGCCCGAGACCCGCUGGGAGAAGUUCGCCAAGGCCAAGGGCAUUGUCAACAGGAAGAAGGAGCGCAUGGUCUUUGACGACAACACUGGAGAAUACAAGCCUCGCUGGGGUUACAAGGGUAUCAACGACGAUGGAUCAAAGGACUGGGUCAUCGAGGUUCCCUCAGGCACCAACCCCAUGGAGGACCAGUACGAGGCUAGGAGAGAUGCCAAGAAGGAGCGUAUCGAUAAGAACGAUAAGCGUCGCCAGCGUAACUUGGAGGAGGGUGCUGUCGCUUCAAAGAUGGAUCAGAAGACUGUCAAUAAGGGCGAGCGCCCCAACAUGGAUAACGCCCGUUCAAUGAAGAGAAAGGAGAUCGAGAACCAGAUCUUGAUCAGCAAAAACUCGACCGCCAGUGCUGGAAAGUUCGACGAUGCCAUCAAAGGAGAUUUGAAGCCCAAGGGUAUCAAGCGCAAGUUCGAGCCCAAUGUCACAGCAGAUCUUUCAAAAGAAAAGGCCGGCAACAUGAGCAUUUUGGACAGAGUUGUUGGAAAGAACGGAGAGGACCUCGUGAACGUCCGCAAGGCCAUCAAGGCAACGAAAUCGCGCAAGUAA